AACAAUACUAGUAUCGCACCACACCACAUAUUACUACCAGACAAAGUUACAACUACUGCAACGACCAGCAUCACCACCAGCAGAGCAAUUGUUACGUCCUCUCCCGCCUCUUUUGUUCUUUGAUCCCACAGACCCGCGUAUAUCUAGAGACAGGACAGACAGACUCUAUCUUCCGAGUACUGUGACCCAUCAACAACCCUACGCGACAGUGACUUGACAGGACCACCUCUACCUCAACCCUAACCUCACAUCAACCACCGGCACCAUGGGCCUCGAAGAACAAAAAGAAGAGCGCGAAGUCCUAGACUCCAUCUUCCCCGACGAGAUUACCGACAUCUCAGAGAACUCAUUCCGAAUCACCAUCCCCCUCGACGUCCCGAGCGACAACCACGAUGACGAGUCCUCUCCUACUCAACCUCCAACAAUCAUCCUCAACGUAACCUAUCCGGAAUCCUACCCCGACGUCGCACCCCAUCUAGACAUCACAUCCCCUCCCAACGCACCGAAACACCCACAACUUGACAUCUCAGUGGACAAAUCCCAGCUCCUGGACGCAUUACAGCCGACGAUUGAAGACUCCUUGGGGAUGGCGAUGGUAUUCACUCUUGUGACGACCCUCAAGGAGGCCGCGGAAGUCUUGAUUUCCGAUCGGAUACGACAGGCUGAAGAGGCAAGGGAACUUGAAGUGCGGGAGAGGGAGGAGCAGGAAAAUCGCAAGUUUCAUGGGACCAUGGUUACGAGAGAGAGGUUUUUGGAGUGGAGAGAAAAGUUUCGCAAGGAAAUGGAGGAGAAGGAAAAGAAACAGAAAGAGGAGGAGGAGAUGGAACAGCGGAAAGGAAGAGGACCUAGUGGUGGGAGAGGGGAGGGACAGAAGUUGACGGGACGGCAGUUGUGGGAGAGGGGGUUGGUUGGGAAAGUUGAUGAUGAUGGUGUGGAAGAUGAGGGUGAUGAGGGUGUUGCUGGAGUUGGUGCUGGCGUGGAGAAAUUGAAGGUUACGGCUUGAGUUAUAAGGACUGGCGGACCCGACUACUACUGGAUUGGAAUGACCUCUCAUGGAUGCCUGGGGGCCGAGAAUUGCGGCAGAGUCAAAUUGUGCUGGCUAACUACCGGCUGUUCAACUUCUAUCCACCAUAAACGGCUGGAAAUAUCGCCGGCGGAAAGGGUUGAGCUCAUCGGCCGUGUGACCGGUGCUGGUGCCAGUGCCGUUCACAUCGACAACUUUUUCCUGACGGCAAGGUAGCCCCACGGAAUCUGGCCGUCUUUCAUAAACGAGCAACCUCCGACUCCACCGGUUGAACCUCUGCACGCAUUCGUGCUUCAAUUCCAAAAGCGGAUGUUGCGGUAUCACCGUCACUUCUUCCUCGCCGGCCUCGUUCUCGUUGACGCUCGGCAUCCAGAAAGCAAGCCGGCCACCGUCGACCAAGGUGUCCGCAGCAAAAUCCAGAAUGUCGUCGAGCAUUUUGGAAAAGGAAUACGGCUUCUUUGGCGCGACGUAUCCGGGCAAUUUAUGCGCGGGUACACCAUCAACAAAUAUCUCCUUUGGCGCCGCACUGGCAUCAGAGGAGGUUACUUCAGCCCCGUUUUCUGCUGCUGCUGCAGCAGCUACCACAGAUUUUCUCGGCCUCGCUCCAAGCACCUUCAAGCCCUCCCGUACGCCAUAGGGAGGGUCGCAUACGAUGCCGUCCAACCACCUGCCACCACCACCAUUAUUUUUUGUUGGCUGCUGCUGCUGGGAUUGUGAUUGACUUCUUGAGGAAGACUUUCGGAACGGCGUAUUAGUCAGAUCGGAACUGAUACAAUCUCCAAAAAGAUGUGUCAAGCCGUACUUUUUGAAAUUGGCUCCGACACCUUUAUCCAAACCCGUGCCUUUGCCACGAUAACUUCGACCAUCGAUGUCUGAGCCUAACACCCAGGCGCCGAGUUCCGCCGCAGCGACCAUGAACCCACCCGUGCCCACGAAGGGGUCGAGGAAGAUCUUGCCGGGACUCGCCAGGGCUAUAUUGGCAGUCACGAGGGCGAGUUCCGCAUCCAUUGAUGUGGUGGAGAUGUACGGCCGUUUCUUGAGGUCGUGCUUCUCUCUCAGCCACCGUUGGGAGGUGCCGAUUUUGCGAGUCAGGAGAACUCGUCUUCGAGUCGUGCGUGCCACGCGGUCGAUGAGUCGUUCGGUGUUAUUAUUGGUGGUAGUAGUGGUGGUGAUGGUGGUGGUGGUGGUGGUCUCUGUUUGACUCUGGUCGGUAGGGGAGGUGGUGGUUUGGUCGGUGGGUUGGUCGGUGGGUUGGUCGGUGGUAUGGUCUAAAGGCAACCACUCCUCCAUGACGCAAAAUUCAACAUCCGGAUUCUUCAUCUUAAUAUCGCCCUCUAGUCCCAAAUAACUAAAACUGUUGAUGAUGCGUCGUUGCUGCUCUGCGUCCUGCGAACUUCCGUAGCAGUCAAUGACAAAUUUGAACGAGUGGUGUUUGUACAAUUCCCAGA